UGUCUGCUGUGCACCUCUUCAGCGCACAGUGAAUUUCCAGCCUUUUCUGCUCUGCUUUACACCUGUUACAUUUUGAGUGCCAGCUGCAGUGACUGAUGAAGAUGGGUUUUUGGCAGUUGUGUUGGCUCAUCUGUUCCUACAGAUAAGGGUUUACUAACACAAUGUGAGACAUAAUGAACAAGAUCCAGUGGCUUAACCAGAGCAAGCGGUGCAUCAUGGAGCCCACAGGUCUUUGCUCCCCAACAGUUCCGGAAUCAGAACUGUACCGCAGCAUUCAGGCUCUGCUGCUAAAGGAAACAGACUCCCCACAGUCUCCAGACUACUUCAACAAAGGAAUGCUGCGAUGGACACUUCAUAAAAAGGUACAGAACAACCCUGCUAACAGCUUGGCUCUAGUGUGGGUGCUGAUAAAGGAACUGGAGAAGGCAGAGCGAUGGGACUGUCGCAAGUUCAUCAUCCCACUGCUCCACACGCUCAUGUACACAAUCAUUCAGACAGCCUACAUUCCUGAUGAACUGUACAAGCGGGUUUAUGGCUUUUGUAAGCGCCUUCUGACCUACCCACAUCCCUACUGCGCCAUCAGCCUCAACUUUACAAGACAGAUAAAAACUGAAACGUCUGUUCCAGGGUUGAUGUACCAGAGGAUGAUCGUAGCAGAGCAAAGACUCAAAAAUGUGCACUAUUCCUUUCAGGAGAGGGUUUUUGUGUUUGCCGACCCUGAUAUCUUCUCUGGUGCCUUGGGACAAAUGAUUUCGGCGGAUAUUGAGGCAUCUGCAUCAGGUCCAGAAGGAUUAAUGAGCCCUUUAGAUCAUAUGCGAAAUGUGGUCCAACACUCCAUUCAGGCUGCAUUAGGAUUCGAGCAGUGCCAAGGACCCAAACUGGCUCAAGCCCUAAAGGACAUGGGCCAAGACAUUGAGCCGUACUUUCAGGAAGUGCUGGCGACACUGGAGCACAGGGUGGAAGAAGGCAGCAGAGGGGAAGGAGGCACACUGAGAGACCGUCUUCGGCAGCUGUACAACAAAAUAGUGGCAAACACACACUCAGGAUCAUUGUCCCAUCAGCCUCUGCGCAAUUGCCCUCUUCCCAACCCGGAGAUGAGCUUCCACCUGUGGACACAGGAUCUGGAUAUUUGGCGAGAGCUGGCAAAGUGCUUUCGUUCCAGCUCUUUGUCGGAGUCGUUUUCCUUCAGCCAGGAGAAUGAAGAUUUUGAGCUGGGAGAUAUGUCUGGUGAGCCAGUGCCAUCUGAUGUUACUCGGAUCUCCAUCCAGUCCACUGACAGCGGCAUAGAAAGGGAUCUCUCCAGCUCUGAGCCUUCAUUAUCAUAUGUGGAUGCAGCUGACAUGAACACGUGUGAAUUUCAGAAAAAUGAGCAAGAGCCAAAGAAGCUGUCACGACAGAAAUGCAUCAGGAUCAAACCAAACAUAAAGUACAGUAUGAUUAUGUUGGGGGAUGAUCCAAGUUUUGGAGUGGGAGGAAGUGAAGGGAGAGGAGGAAGAGGGACAACACUGCAGAGGAGAACAGGGAGCAGUGGAAGUCAAAACUCCUUUUCCAAGCAUCAGAAACGAUUCACUGCCAAGAUAGUUGCCAUGGGGGACGACAGGGUACUCGGCCAGCUUGCCAAAGCAUACUUCUUCUUCAGAAAAAGAGAAGCUCAGCGGGUUUCUCUUACAAUGAAAAUUGCCUUCCAGUUUUACUACAUUCCUGUCCGUAAGGAUCCAACUACCUUCUCUCUUGACAAGGACAACCUUAAGGACUCUGAGAGGGACCUCUGCACUCUGGGUUCCUACCUAAGCAUGGUGGACUCAUGGUACAACUGUAAUGUCAAGAGUUUGGGCUGCAUGAUUCCAAAACUAGCGAAGAUGCAAAAGGAGAGCUCAGGAAGACCAGCAGAGCCCUUCAUAUCAGAUUGGAUUUCCUACUACGUCAGAACUGGGAGGCAGCCUGUCUACUUCACCAUCUACUCCGUUAAGAUGUCCUUGUCCUGUACAAAGGAUACAGUGGAAGACGUGUUCCUUACUCAUCUAGAUAUGGUGUUUCCAGAGUUCAAACAGCUCUUUGCAUCACUAAAAGAAAAGCAGAAGAAGGGCACCUUGAAGGCCGCUGACAUGUGUGGAGCUGUUGUCUCUAUGAAUUACAAGAAAGUAACACUGAGCGGCCGAGACGUGGACAAAGGAAUGUCACGGAGAAUGACGGAGGCUCACAUCAGCGCUGUUCCCUCCAGUGAAACAGAAGAUUUGAACUGUUUAACGCUGUCGUUCAAUGAACCUCAAGCAAAAAGUAAAAAUAACACUGUGUUUCAGAUCAGUAGUAUCAAGAUCCACACGUCUGAAGGUAGAUCCUUAACUGUUACACUGGACAGAGAUUGUCGCAGGACCUUCAAACAUGUGCAAAGCAUUGACAUCAGCCCAUGCCUCGAUCCUGGAUACUGUGUCCAGCAAAUCAUGAGAUCGAAAUCCAAAUUGAACUUGAGAGACAACAAAGACGCUGGACUGAGCAAAUAUAUGAGCAAAGGACUCUCUCUACCAAUUAACACAUUUGCUGGUAUCGUCAACUGACCCAUGCUCAGUGUGACACGGUCACCCUGAUUAGAGACUUAACAGUUGGGACUGUCUACGGUGUGUGUGUGUGUGUGUGUGUGUGUGUGUGUGUGUGUGUGUGUGUGUGUGUAUGUGUGUGUGUGUGUGUGUGUGUGUGUGUGUGUGUGUGUGUGUGUGUGUGUGUGUGUGUGUGUGUGUGUCAAUAGAUGCUGCUUCCAUGAUGCGUCUGGUGUGAUGCAUGAAAAGAGAAGGGAUAACCUCUGAUUCACAUUGCGAAUCUUUGGGAAUCUAAAUGUCAUUUAGUCCUACAAAAGUGAACUUGGGUUCACUGGAACAGGGAUAUAGUCUUAAUACACUGAAAUUUAAAUUUGAAUCUCAAUUUCACUCUUCAUGAGUGAACCACUGUGCAUACUUGAGGAAGUAGGUGCAGAUUUCUAUUAUUCCAAAGAACAGAUCCAGCAGGCAUUCACAAAAUAUGUAUAUAAAAACCCCAAUGAUGAUCCAUACGUAUCAUACAAACUUCAGUGAUUGUCAUGCAUGUAUGACUUGGGAGGAGGUCAUUGUUGAUUGGGUGCAGGUUAUCAAACUCAAAGAUUCCUGGUGGUAUCUUUAUGAACUUGCCAGU